UCCCUUCCAUUUACAUAUCCAGUGUGGAGAUGAUACCCAAAAUCCACAAUGUCUUCCAUUUCUUAAGCUUGCCGUGGACAGUUCUUUGGUACACUGCUGUUAUAGGGAAGCAUAAGCUGAAGUCUUCGCAAAGGGACAAGGUACGGCAGUUCAUGUCCUUUACACAGGCUGGGGAGAAGACAGCCGUGUACUGCCUAACACAGAAUGACUGGAAACUAGAGGUUGCUACAGACAACUAUUUUCAAAAUCCAGACCUCUACUGCAAGGAAUCUAUGAAAACAUCAGUAGACCGCAAAAAGCUGGAGCAGCUUUACAAUCGCUACAAAGAUCCCCAGGAUGAAAAUAAGAUUGGUAUAGAUGGAAUUCAACAGUUUUGCGACGACUUGUCGUUGGAUCCCACGAGCAUCACUGUACUUGUUGUUGCCUGGAAAUUUCGUGCUGCCACUCAGUGUGAAUUCACCAAAAAGGAGUUUAUAGAUGGCAUGACUGAGCUGGGAUGUGACAGUCCAGAAAAGUUGAAGGCACUUUUGCCAAGAUUAGAGCAAGAACUUAAAGAUAGUGGGAAAUUUAAGGACUUUUAUCAGUUCACCUUUAACUUUGCAAAGAAUCCUGGACAAAAAGGCCUAGAUCUGGAGAUGGCUGUAGCUUACUGGAAGCUUGUUCUUUCAGAACGAUUUAAGUUCCUUGACCUUUGGAAUAAAUUUCUAUUGGAACACCAUAAAAGAUCCAUCCCUAAAGACACAUGGAAUCUAUUGUUGGACUUUGGAAACAUGAUUGCAGAUGACAUGUCCAACUAUGACGAGGAAGGAGCAUGGCCUGUCCUUAUAGAUGAUUUUGUGGAAUUUGCACGACCUAUCGUUACAGGAUCAAAACGCAAAACUCUCUAAUUUAUAUACCAACUCUGGGCGCCCAGGUUGUUUUCUUUUACAGUGACUUCAUAGUUUUUUAAGACUUGUACAAAAAACAAAACUUGUAAACUUCACCAUAAAAACAGAAGCACUUGAAGCUGUCAGGAAUCCACCUCAAAGAGAGCUGAAAAAAACUGGCUACAUACUUGUCCUUUCAGUCGGAGGUGUGGGUUGGACAUCGCCAGUGACACCUUUUUUCUAUGGUGGAAGCUCAUUAUCCUGGAGUACCUUUGCCUCGCCUCUGGAUGAGAGUAACAUGCCUGCCAGGACUCCGCACGUUAGCUGUGAUGACAGCAGCUCUGAAAGGAGGUUACUGGGUCUGCCUGAAAGAAACCAAGGCGAGAAAUUGUGUGUUUUAAGAUUCUUCUAAGUCAACUUUGUUAUGUUUGUAAAGCUCUGGGUGACUGUGCAAAGCUCUGAUGUCUUAUUGUUGGGACAUAGUGCUCACUACACCAGCACAAGGACUGUUGCAGUUUUUACUGUACAUACUGUAUCUAUUGGGACAGUUUACAGAGAGCUAUAUGAAGAAUAAUAUAAUUGUCAAUUUAUAAAUACACAAUUCUUUUAUGUACAGUAAAUGCUGAAAUCUCAUACAGGAUGCCUCAAUAUUUGUGGAUGAUGCUGUUAUUGUUAGAUGGAUUUGUCAUGUCAAGGAGUUGUGAGCCUCUAAAUGAAAGCAUGUUUAAAUCAUUUACAUAAUUUGGGCAGUUUUCAAUAAUAGAUUUUCACACAAGAAAGUGCUUUAAUUUGAAUUGUUGGUUUGUGACGCUUAUGUGUGCCAGGCUCAUCUGGGAACAGGUGUCAUGUAGUCAGUCUUACCACAUCACAGCCUAUUUUUUCUGAAUGUAAAGAAGUUAUUUUUAAUUGUCUAAGUAGAUCUGUCAGAGAUGUUAAUUUAAGCAGGAUUGACAAGUUUAAUAAAUGCAGACCUUUAGGAUUGCAUGAUGCAUAUCUGUUAUGGCAUAAUGGCAAGACACUAAAGUGGGCAUAAACAGGACAGUUUGCCUUAACAACACCUGUCAAAUAUGUUUUCUGGUUGAGCCCAUCUCCAGUGUUACUGAAGGUAGUGAAAAUUUGAAUAUUGUUAAUACAUCAUGUAAGUAGCUAAGUAUAUUGUUCAUUCAAAAUGAAUAAAGCAUGAGUUUUUCAUUAUCACAAAAGCA